UUGUGUUUUCGGUUUCACGUUAACAAACACAAAAAUUCUAGGUUUCAACAAUCAGUGACUAAAUCAGUACCUACGGAAAGCUACCCCGAGGAGAAAAAUAAGGCCAGCCGUUGCGCUUUCCUCCUUUCCAACAACACCUCCAAAGACCACCAUGAGUUCAAACGUUUGACGCCACUGCACAGUACAAAAUACUUUUUGUCCCUCAAUAAGAACUCUGGCCAGCUCUGCAAUGCCUUCAAACGGGCUCUCUUCCCCGAAGAAGUGCCAAUAACACAGGAGGAGCUGGCAUUUCCUCUCGCUUUUAGUAUCAGUGUAUUCACAAGUUUAAAUCAGUCAGCAAGUCUACUCCGUCUCAUCCAUCGACCACACAACUUCUACGUUAUUCACGUAGACAGGAAGACAUCAUUGGAGUUCUAUGAAGCAGUCCAAGAGAUCGCCAAAUGCUUCGGUUCUAAUGUUGUAUGGCUAAAAGGAGAAGUGCACAUCGUGCUUUUGAGGGAGUUCGUUGAAUUCAUGCAUACUGACAAGAAAGCAAUUGAAUUCCGGGAUAUGCUGUUUAAUUUCGCCUACCACCGGGUUCCUGAUGAACAAUUUUACCCCACGCUUGCCUACAAUCCUUAG